CUGACUACAGCUACUUCUGCCAGCCUGUGGACACCAGCUGGAGGGAGCUCGCACUAAGGAUGGCGAGAGCGUGCUGGUGGUGCUUUUUCUCCAAGGCGGUUGAAUUGCUGGACACGGUCUUCUUUAUCUUGCGAAAGAAGCCCGAACAGAUCACCUUCCUGCAUGUCUACCACCACGGCACCAUGCUCUUCAACUGGUGGGCUGGAGUCAAAUACGUGCCAGGUGGACAGGCCUUCUUUAUCGGGAUGCUGAAUUCUCUGGUCCACGUCUUCAUGUACCUGUACUACGGACUGGCCAGUCUCGGGCCCCACAUGCAGCCCUACCUGUGGUGGAAGCGCUACCUUACCAUCCUUCAGCUGUGUCAACUGGUGGCCAUCAGUGCCCACUCCACCUAUAAUCUCUUUGCCGACUGCCCCUUCCCAGAUGGAUUCAACAUAGCUGUCCUCCUGUACACCCUCAGCCUCAUCGCUCUUUUCCUCCACUUCUACCACCAGUCAUAUCUGAGGGGCAAGCGGGAGAAGCUGGCUUAGCGUGCAAGACUGAUGGGCGAAAGGCGCUCACCGAGCAGUCCCCACAGAGUCAUGUGGACGAUGGCAUGACUCACAUCCCACCCGUGCUGAGCAGACAAUUCGGGACCCACCUUUUCUCCUAUGGAAGAAGAGAGAAUUCCCUCCUUUCCGGCCUUCAGAGGGAAAGACAGGACACACCUGGACCCACUUCUAUCAGAGCACUUGCAGAUUUACAACUCUCCUGUCAAUUACGCACAUUUGUUUGUAUAGCCGCUCCCCCUCCUAGAUACCUGUGAAUCCUUCACGGGUCUAAUUCUCUGUGUUCCCUGCCUUGGCCCAGUGCCUGGUGCAGAGUAGGCACUCAAUAAACAUGUGCUGUUGAGUGA